GGCUAUGGUUUGCAUUGCAAUGCAGUCCGCCCCAUCCAUCACAUAUUCGCACUUCGUACACGAGGAAGCCACAAAACGAUUCUUGCAGUCAGAAGCAAGCUACUACCAGUACGAGCUGUAGACGACACAAGAAUCUGAUUCUCUAGUUUCAUUUAUUUUGCAACCAAAAAGACCCGAUGAAUCCUACCGCCGCGAGAGUGCUGACUUUGAACAACAGGGCUGUUGCCAUGCUCCGACACGGCAGCGAAAAACUAUGCCUGAGAAUGUUGAAGGAGGCGAUGGAAACCCUGUAUCAGCAAGCCAGAGAAGACGAAGACUCCUCGAUGGUGUGUGUGGAAUCCACUCCUUCUGCCCCGCCCUCCUCGCCCAUCGGUAAAGCUACGGAUCGAGGGCAAAUGCAGCUCCGAUCCUUAGAUGAAAGCGAAUGGGGAGUGGAGGAGGACGAGGAAGAAGAUUACUCUGCUCUCGUUCAUAGCGCAGCCAUCAAAUUGAAUGCCGACGGCCGCGGCAAUGUCGACGAUGACUAUCGUCUUGUUUACAGCCGUGCCUUGGUCUUAGCGGACAGCGCUGCCAAACAUCCUGAUGUUAUCCUGAGCUGCGUCCUGUACAAUCUUGGUUUGGUAAGCCACCUGAGAGGUAUUUGUACACAAAUCGAGGCUCGCUUUCGCACUGCCCUUCGGCUCUAUGAAAUGGCCUUCGAGAUCAUUCAACUGCAUGAUGACCAGGGAAUCUUCGAUGACAUACUUAUCUUGGCUUUGGUCAAUAACAUGGUGUACAGCCAGCAGAGGUUAGGAAACCCGGACGAGGCAAGAAAGCAGAACGAAUUCCUGCGAGCUUUGGUCGGAAUUGGAGCGCCCGCUUCUUCGCAUACUGGUGCUUGUCCUGACUAUUGCCUGCAAGUGGACGAGAGUGACUACUUCUUCUUCUACCUCAAUGCAUUGGAAGAACGAGUGUCAGCGCCAGCAGCCUAAAAGGCAAAACAUCACGUUAGUCCCUCCGUCACUCCUUACAGUACAUGAUAACGCAAACAUAAAACAAUUAGAUACAUGCAUUGAAACUUUA